AGUUAAGCAAGGUGUGUUAGCUUUUAACUUAUGCCAAGUAAGGGAUAACGGCCGCCAAGGUAACCUGUUAUACGUGACUCAUGGACAAGGGGAAAUGCAAUGCAUCCCGAGUCACGCAGUGUCAAUUUUCUUCCUGUUGAGAUUUCUCCACCUUGGUUGAUCCGAAUUCAGUUAUUUUUGCUGUAUAAAUGUUGUUAUCAAAGUGAAAUGGUUGCUGGCAUAAGUCAGCGGCGUUAGUUUGAGCACAUAAUUGACGUUUAACAUUCAAUGUUAGUCAAUGGGAGCCGAAAAUCGGCCAAUGGAGGCGUCCAAAGAAUAUUUAUCCGGAUGACGUGACAGCGGUUCAUCCACGCCCCGUAAAAAAGCGCGUUUCAGGAUAAACGAAAGUGCACUCUGAAUCUAUUUACCGGUUCUCUUCCUGUUCUCAUUUCCGUGAGGAAUCAGGGUUGAUGAUUUUCUCCGGUGGGAAAAAAAUGUAUUCGAUGAAAAUGGAGUGACUGCAGGUCUAGCUCCAACAUGAGUGAACAUGGAGACUCUGGUGGUGGAGGGAGUCAAGGAAAUACCAGUCCGAUCCAGAAACAAGGACCAAAUUCACCCAGCUGUGUGUCCAUGAAGAGUGACCAGUCAAAGGAUCAGGACAUCAACUUCAGUGGGGGAGACAGCUAUCCUGAUGCCAGUCGAACUCAGAAAGUGAGGCCAGACUCUCCUGCACCCAGCUGUGUGUCCAUGAAGAGUGACCAGUCGAAGGAUCAGGACAUCAACUUCAGAGGGGGAGAUGCUGUUUGUGAUCUCAGGAGCAGCUUUACUUCAAGCGCUGUGUUCAUGGAGAUUGAUCAGUCAAAGAGUUUCCGAAAAAGACACUGUCCUGACUCAAGCCCGGUUCAAUCAAAGAGAUCCUGUUCAUCUGUGCCCAGCUGUGUGUCCAUGAAAAGUGACCGGUCAAAGGGUUACCCUAUUGAAUUUAAACAUGAAGAACGUCCUGAUCCCGGCAUCCAACAGGAAGAGCAAAGAGUUAAUCCAUCCUUGAGCAGAUCUUAUGAAAAUGAGUUGUCGACUGUAUUCAAGGAGCUUGAACACAAAGUCGUCACUUUCAUGAAGAAUGAACUAAAGCGACUCAAGAAGCUCUUGAGUCAUGAUUACCCAGAAUCCCCUUGUGGUGAGGAGGAGGAUGAGCAGGACCAGAGAGAUGCAAGAGAUGGAGCUCUGAAGAUCGCAGUGCACAUCCUGAGGGACAUGAACCAGGAGACCCUCGCUCAGCAGCUGGAGCAAAAUGGACUGCUUCUUAGAUGUCAACAACAGCUCAAAUACAGGCUGUCAAAGAAGUUUGAGAGUGUAUUUGAAGGCAUCCCAAAGCAGGGAAACUCGAUUUUUCUGCAGAAGAUCUACACAGAGCUCUACAUCACAGAGGGGGAAAGUGUAGCGGUCAAUACCGAACAUGAGGUCCGACAGAUUGAGAUGGCAUCCAAGAGACAAGUAACAAAGGGGGACACACAAAUCAAAUGUACUGAUAUUUUCAAGCCCUUACCUGGACUAGACAAACCCAUCCGAACGGUGCUGACAAAGGGAUUGGCUGGCAUUGGGAAAACGGUCUCUGUCCAGAAGUUCAUUCUGGACUGGACUGAAGGAAAAGCCAAUGAGAAACUUCUCUUUAUAUUUCCCCUUCCUUUCCGGGAGCUGAACCUGAUGAAGAACAAGACAUACAAUUUGAUGGACAUCAUCCAUCACUUUUUCAGUGAAACAAAAGGAGUCACCCUCUCUAACCAGAACAAACACAACAUUGCUUUCAUCUUUGAUGGUCUAGACGAAAGCAGAUUUCCUCUGGAUUUCCAGCAUAAUGAGUCCAUCUACAAUGUCACAGAUCAUGCUACAGUUGACGUCCUUCUGACAAACCUCAUCAAGGGGAACCUGCUUCCCUCUGCGCUUGUAUGGAUCACCUCCCGACCAGCAGCAGCCAAUCAGAUCCCUCCUGAGUGUGUUAACCAGGUGACAGAGGUACGAGGUUUUAAUGACCCACAGAAGGAGGAGUACUUCAGGAAGAGAAUCACAGAAGAGGAGCUGGCCAACAGAAUCAUCACACACCUGAAGUCAUCCAGGAGCCUCUACAUCAUGUGCCAAAUUCCAGUCUUCUGCUGGAUGGCAGCCACUGUUCUGGAGAGCAUCCUGACUGAAGCAGAGAACGGAGAGAUUCCAAAAUCUUUAACUCAAAUGUACACACACUUCCUGAUCAUACAAACAAAACACAUUAGUCAGAAGUAUGAAAAACAGGAAGCAGAUACACUCUGGAACUCGAACACCAUUCUGUCCCUGGGGAAACUGGCUUUUCAGCAGCUGGAGAAGGGUAAUCUGAUCUUCUAUGAGGAGGACCUGAGAGAGUGUGGCAUUGAUGUCAGAGAAGCAUCAGUAUACUCAGGGAUGUGCACCCAGAUCUUCAGAGAAGAGGCUGGACUGUUCCAGGGGAAAGUUUUCUGCUUUGUUCAUUUGAGCAUUCAGGAGUUUCUAGCAGCUUUAUAUGUGUUCUUGCACUUUGCCAUGAGAGAGCGUAGUAUGCUUGACCAACACCAAACGUCUCAACUUCAUUCACUGUUCAGUGCUAACAGUCUUUAUGAGCUUCACCAGUCUGCAGUGGACCUGGCCUUAAAAAAUGAAAAUGGACAGUUGGACCUUUUCCUGAGGUUUCUCUUGGGUCUCUCACUGGAGUCCAAUCAUAAACUAUUACAAGACCUGCUGCCACAGACAGGAAGCAUUUCACUGAACACAGAGGAAACGGUCAAGUACAUCAAGCAGAAGAUCAGAGAAGCUCCCGACCCAGAGAGAUGCCUCAACCUGUUCCACUGCCUGAAUGAACUGAAUGACCACUCUCUGGUGGAGGAGGUCCAGAGUUACGUGAGGAAGGGAGAUGAACUCAGAGAGGAUCUCUCUCUUUCCCAGCUGUCAGCUCUGGCCUUCGUGCUGCUGAUGUCAGAGCAGGAACUGGAGGAGUUUAACCUGAAGGAUUAUGGACGAUGUAGUUCACCUGCCAGAUCAGAUGCAGGUCUGCUGAGGAUGUUGUCAGUGGUCAAAGCAUCAAGAAGAGUCCAGUUGAGGUGUUGUAACCUGACAGAGAACAGCGGCACAGCUUUGGCUUCAACUCUUAGCUCAAACACUUCCGAUAUGAGACAUCUAGACUUGGCUUAUAAUAAUCUGGGAGAUUCAGGAGUGGAGCUGCUUUCUACUGGUCUGGAACAGGCCAAGUGUGAACUGGAGACACUGGAACUGAAGAGUUGUAACCUCAAAAAGAAGAGCUGUGUAGCUUUAUCUUCAGCUCUCAGAACAAACCCCAAUCUGAGACAGCUGGACCUGAGUGGCAACAAUCUGGGAGACUCGGGAGUGGAGCUGCUUUCUUCUGGUCUGACACACAAGUGUAGACUGGAGAAACUGGUGCUGAGGGGCUGUAAACUCACAGAGAGGAGCUGUGCAGCUUUAUCUUCAGCUCUCAGCUCAAACUCUUCCAGUCUGACACAGUUGCACCUAAGAGGUAAUUAUCUGGGAGAUUCAGGAAUGGAGCUGCUUUCUACUGGUCUGACGCAUCCAGACUGUAGACUGGAGACACUGGAGCUGAGAGGUUGUAGCCUCACAGAGAAGAGCUGUGCAGCGUUAUCUUUAGCGCUCAGCUCAAACUCUUCCCGUCUGAGACAACUGAACCUGAGUUACAAUGAUCUGGGAGAUUCAGGAGUGGAGCUGCUUUCUACUGGCCUGGAGAAUCUAUACUGUAGACUGGAGAAACUAGAGCUGCAGUACUGCAAGCUUACAGGAAAGAGCUGUUCGUCUCUGGCUUCUGCUCUCAAAUCAAACCACUCCAGUCUGAGAGAGCUGAACCUGAGGUACAACUGGCUGCUAGAGUCUGAUGUGGAGCUGCUUUCUUUCCUUCUGAAAGAUCCUACAUACAAGAUCACUGAACUACAAUAUUAACUGGGGGAGCCAUCCGUCUGAUUGGAGCAGAGCUGCUGCAAAAGCUGUCGUUUCCAGACACUCAGGACCUGUUGAUCAGUCAGCUGCCCCACUUAUCACCGAGAUGUGGCUACCUGUUUACUGCUACACUUUAAUGUGUUUUGUAGUUGCAUCUCUAAUGUCACUCUGGGAGAAAAACACUAAAUGUCAUUCAAACAUGAUUUAUUCAGUGUGUAUAUAGUGUUGUCUGUGUAUACUACUGUAUGUACCAUGAGAGGGAUACACAGGGAUACAUUGUGUGCAGGCUGUGGUUUUCAGGGAAUGAUGGAUUCCUCAACAUUGGAAGACUUGAUAGAUGAUGAUGGAUGACUGCAUUAUAAUAUUUUAAUCAUUUUUUUAUUUUAUUUUCUUGUUUCUGUUUACCUCUGUAUAUCAUGUUGUUUUUGUCGACUUUGUUGAAUUUUGUUGAAUCGUGUGUGUUUGUAUGGCUGCUAUCUUGGCCUUGUCUCUCUUGCAAAAGAUGUUUUUCAUCAUUACUUCCUUGUAAAAAAAAAUAUAAAUGAAGUAAACUAAA